AUGGUCCCCACCAGGGCCACACAACCAUCAACCCUCCAGCAGCAGUCGAUACGAGAUGAGAUGGCAAAGGAGGAGGAGAAGGAGGAGGAGGAGGAGGAGAAGGAGGAGGUCCAGCCCAGAAAAAUAAAAAUUUCCGAGAGAGCGAGCGAGCUCUGUCUCUGUCUCUGUCUCUGUCUCUGUCUCUGUCCCUCUGUGUGUGUGUGUGUGUGUGUGUGUGUGUGUGUGUGUGUGUGUGUGUGUGUGUGUGUGUCUCUCUCUCUCUCUCUCUCUGUCUCUCUCUCUCUGUCUCUCUCUCUGUCUCUCUCUCUGUCUCUCUCUCUGUCUCUCUCUCUCUCUGUUUCUCUCUCUCUCUCUCUCUCUCUCUUUUUCACUCAAAAUUUCUGA